AUGGCGGAGCCCGAUAUUCACCCCCAACGGCGGUCUUCAUCCCAGGCGUCAUCCGCGUCAAACAGGAGCCUGAAGGGUAGGACACUUCGAAAUAAAUCACUAAAGCGCCACUCAGCUUCGUCGAAUGCGACUACCGACCUCACAUCGUUCCCUUCGCUUUCGCCGCCUGACCGUUCCCCCAACUUGACGCGAGGCUUGACGACCACGAUGUUGACCGGCUAUGAUGGGGGAGAUGGUACAAGCGAGGGUGGCCGCGGGCGCACGGCUACCUUUGCAAGGUUGACGACAGGGGUAUCACAUGCAUCAGGUCGGGCUGCUCUCUUCGACGAUUCGGUUCCCACGCGUGACAUCCCAGGGGCUCUCCACUUGGCGGACGAUGGGCAUAUUGAGCGCUUGAUCGCGAGUACAGGACCUGUCAAGAUUGUGAGGCAGUUUGCGCGGGACCUUGCCCAGCGGGACGCGGAAAUCUCAUCCCUGCGGCAGCGUGCUGAUGCCAGAGAGCGGGAACUAAAACGGAUGCUGCGAGAAGUCUCCGUAUCUAACCAGGACAUCGAGCGCCGCCUUUACCAGCUGGAAAAUACGCCGGGCGACCGCAGCUCUGACGGAGAGAGUAGCGCUAGUGGUGACCAUGUUGGGUUGAAUGGUCUCAUGUCUCAGGCUAUGACAGAUACCGUGGGGUCUCAGCUUGAUGCAGAGCUUCAAAAUACCUCGUCUGAUCUCCAGGCCACCAUUCGCGCCGCCCAGCGGUCUGAAAAUGAGAACCGAGCUGGCGGCGGGUCGAGUACAGACUCUGGCAAUAACCGGAAACGACAAGGUUCCCUCCGUGGCUGGCAGGAUUACCUCUUUGGCUCCACCAAUGCCAGUCGAAAGACGAGCCGUGCUAGCAGUGUCAUGAGUGAUAUGCAAGAAAUUGAAGAGGACGACUCCGAGCGUGUUCGCGUGUCUAGUAACCCCUCAGUGCGGCGUAAAGCUCUUGACGACCAGCUUUUUCAGCCCCCCGGGGUGCCAGCAAGUGAGAUCCUCAGCAGGCGAUUUGCUAGUGGCUCUACUACUGGUGACGACGCAAGCAUUCAUUCGCGGAAAUCUUCGCGCUCACUUGGUUCAUGGACAGUCAAGUUAUUCGCCGGCAAUGCGCAAUCAAAAGACGUCAGUGAUUCUGAGAGCAAUCGCAACAGAGCCACAUCAGACAAUCACGACAAAGGCAAAUAUACCGGGUCUGCUCUAUCAGGAGCGGCCGCUUCAAAAGGUGGAAUCUCUGCGGUGGCUGCACUGAAGAGAAUCAACAGCAGUUCUAGUCUUCCAGCUUCCACGGGACGCUUUGCGAGCAGUGGUGGUACAAUCAAGAUAAACCCACCGCGAAGGAAGCCUGCGGGAAGCAUCUCACAAGGUGCAGUCGGUGAAAGUACCGACCGAAGCUCGACCAACCUUGGCCCUGUUGAAAUGGAUGCUAUUCUGCCCAUGGAGUCUCGACCUCCAACUCUGGCUCCCAUCUACAACAACUCUCAACCUGGCGAAUUUCUCACUGAUCGAUUUGGCUUCAUCUACGAUCAGCGUCGCAAGAAGCGUCAGAGAGAGGCCAAUACUCUGAAGGGCCACAAGACGCGAUUAAGCAUCACCGAGACUCUUGGCAGCAUUCGCGGAGAAUCUUCCGAUGUGGAGGAUGACUCCCAGCCAAGCCCAACUGCUCAGACAACAGUCGACACACCAGGCUCUGCCACCGGCUCUGCUGAUGAUCCUGAAAGUGGGGCUGUCGGGCAGCGUCGCUGGCAGGAUUAUUUGAGGAUGCCAUCUCGCCCAACCGAACUUUUGUCUCAUACACCGUCCGCUGGGCCCAUCGUUUCCCUGAUGACUGCAGGAGAGAGCCGUCCUCUCAGCUCCUCGGUUUCUGUGGACAAAGAUGGUGCUGUUUCUGUUGGUUCAAGUGCACAGCCUUCUGCAUGUACUUCAGCUAUCACUGCUGAUCGCCCUGAGUUUGCUGGGACAACCUCGGGGGAUCUGGCCGUUACAGCGCCGACCAGGGCCAGUGGCGCUGAGACUGAACCCGUCAAGCUACUCUUGGAGCAGCUCACUGAUCUCCAUGAUUCGCUUCAGCGAGAUCGCACCAUGCGGUGGAACGAAUUUUUCCGCAAAGUGCGCGCAGAGCGCCGAAAGGAAGGCGAAGCUGCGGCUGCUGCGGCCUUGGACCGGUCUGUGACUGUUGUUGACACGCCAGAAGCAUCUCUCGCAGAUGGCGAGGUCAUUGGUAUUUCUGGGCUUGGCAACAAAGGCAAAGUUGGCCGUGCUAAGUGGCGGGAGUUCCGCUCGUUGGUUCUUGGUGGUAUUCCCGUUGCUCUCCGCGCCAAGGUUUGGUCUGAGUGUAGCGCCGCAUCUGCCAUGCGGAUCCCUGGCUACUAUGAAGAUCUUGUGCGUGGAGUCGGUGGCACCGAGCCUGACUCAUCGGUCGUCGCACAAAUCGACAUGGACAUUCCUCGCACACUCACUGAUAACGUGUUCUUCCGCAAGGGACCGGGUGUGGACAAGCUGAGGGAGGUGCUUCUGGCGUACUCGCGCCGUAACGCUGAGGUUGGAUACUGCCAGGGCAUGAACCUCAUUGCAGCCUCGCUUCUUCUCAUCAUGCCGACAGCCGAGGAUGCAUUCUGGAUCUUGACUGCCAUGAUUGAGGUCAUCCUGCCCCAUCAUUACUAUGACCAUGGUCUCCUUGCAUCCCGCGCGGAUCAGGUAGUCCUACGACAGUACAUUUCGGAGCUCCUGCCCAAGUUGUCGGCACAUUUAGAAGACUUGGGCAUUGAACUGGAAGCACUCACAUUCCAGUGGUUCCUGUCCGUCUUCACUGACUGUCUUUCUGCGGAAGCCUUGUAUCGUGUAUGGGAUGUGGUUUUGUGCCUCAAUGUCAGCAGUGCUGUCUCUAAUGGCUCUGCACCAGCAACCACUUCUUCUGCCUCCAGCGUCAAAGAGGGUACAGAUAAGGCCACUGCCUCUGAAGAGCUGGCCUCUGGUAGCGGAGGAGGAAGUACAUUCCUCUUCCAAGUUGCCCUGGCGCUUCUCAAACUCAAUGAGCCACAGCUGCUCACCACUUGUACCACGCCGGCUGCCUUGUACACGUACAUCAAUCACCAAAUGACCAAUCACGCUAUCAGUAUCGACGGCUUGAUUCAAGCCAGCGAGGCUCUACGGAACAUGGUGCGCCGUGAAGACGUUGUCGCUCGCCGAGCUGUUGCCUUGCAAGAAAUGCGUGAGUUUAGCGGUGGUCAGAGUUAG